ACAACAGCAUCACCAACAACCACAUCAGCGUCAGCAACCACCACAACAGCAGCACCAACAACCACAACAGCCGAGGCAACAACCACGACUGCAUCUCCCACAACCACAACACCGACUCCAACAACCACAACAGCAACAACCACAACAGCGGCACCAACAACCACGACUGCAUCUCCAACAACCACAACAGCCGCACCAACAUCCACUACUGCAUCUCCCACAACCACAACAGCGGCACCAACCACCACAACAGCAGCACCACCAACCACAACAGCCGAGGCAACAACCACGACUGCAUCUCCAACAACCACAACACCGGCUCCAACAACCACAACAGCGGCACCAACAACCACAACAGCAGCACAAACAACCACAACAGCAUCUCCAACAACCACAACACCGACUCCAACAACCACAACAGCGGCACCAACAACCACAACAGCAGCACAAACAACCACAACAGCAUCACCAACAACCACAACAGCCGCACCAACAUCCACUACUGCAUCUCCCACAACCACAACAGCGGCACCAACAACCACAACAGCAGCACAAAAAACCACAACAGCCGAGGCAACAACCACGACUGCAUCUCCAACAACCACAACAGCGGCUCCAACAACCACAACAGCGGCACCAACAACCACAACAGCAGCACAAACAACCACAACAGCAUCUCCAACAACCACAACACCGACUCCAACAACCACAACAGCGGCACCAACAACCACAACAGCAGCACAAACAACCACAACAGCAUCACCAACAACCACAACAGCCGCACCAACAUCCACUACUGCAUCUCCCACAACCACAACAGCGGCACCAACAACCACA